AUGGCGAUGACCCUGCCCGCCAGGGCGGGGGGAUCCUCACCUCUCGAAACUCUUCCCACUGAAAUCGUUUGCCGGAUAACGGACAAUCUCGACAUCGAAGACUUCCAGUCUCUGCGCCUCACCUGCAAAGAAGUCGAAGCCAAGUCUGUCUACUCCUUCGGAAAAUGCUUCCUCGAAAACGUCGAACUGUAUUUUAUCAGAGACGACCUGCGGACUCUUGUCAAUAUAUCUCGGAGCACGAAGUUCGCCGGCAGCAUCCUAGUGCUUGCCAAUAUUUCUUAG